UUAAACUUAAAACUUCAACUCUGUCAAAACUACAACUCUGUCAUGACAUGACGAGAAAUGGGAAGUGAUGAGUAUAUGAUUUAGUAUAUGAUAUUUUACUGAUUGAGUGAAGAAUAACAGCUCUACACAGCUACUUGAAUCCAGUAAUACAAACUCCAGAAGCCGGUGUCUCUAAAGAGUAACUUCUCCAUGAAUCAUUUACCUGAACUCCGUGAUGGAUCACGGAAAUCUGAACCUCUAUCAGAGAGUGAGAGAGGAGCUCAUCCAGAAGCACCCAGUACUGUGUCUCUAAAGAGUAAUAACUCCAUAAUUCUCCUCCCACCCAAAUUCAGUGAUGCAUCAAUAUUUUACUGUCUCCAUAGAUCAAUCAUCAGAGGUAAACAUGUUGUGAUUCCAGAUAUGCAACAGGAUUCUUUUCAUGGAAUAGUGGGUGAUGUUCUGCAGAGAGUCAAAGACAAAAACAAAACCAUCAUGAGGAACAAGUAUGAGAGUUUAUUUGAAGGAAUCAAACAACACGAGAAUCAAAUCCUGCUAAACAGAAUUUACACACAGCUGUACAUUAUAGAGGGUGAGAGUCAAAGAUUGAACGAAGAACAUGAGGUUUUACACAUGGAGAAAAAGUCCAGAAGAACACAAGAUACUCCAAUCUACUGCAAUGAUAUCUUUAAACCCAAACUUAAACUCCAACCAUAUCAAAGAGACAAAAUCAAGAGUGUUCUUACUAAAGGCAUUGCUGGAAUUGGAAAAACUGUCUCUGUGCAGAAGUUCAUUUUGGAUUGGGCUGAGGGAACAGCCAAUCAGGAUGUAGAUUUCGUGUUCAUGCUUCCAUUUCGAGAGCUGAACUUGAUUCAAGACCAUCGCUACAGUCUUCACAAACUUCUGUUGGACUUUCAUCCUGAACUUCGAGAUGUGGACUCAAAGAUUUAUGAUGCAUGUAAAGUUGUGUUCAUCUUUGAUGGUCUGGAUGAAAGUAGAACACUGAUGUUUACAGACAAUAAGAAAGUUUCUGAUGUGACUGAGACUUCAUCAGUGGCUGUGUUGAUGACAAACCUGAUCAAAGGAGAUCUGCUUCCCUCUGCUCUCAUCUGGAUCACCUCCAGACCAGCAGCAACCACUCAGAUCCCCUCUAAAUACAUUGACCGUAUGACAGAAAUCCAGGGAUUCAAUGAUGCUCAGAAGGAGGAAUAUUUCAGGAAGAAAAUCAGCGAUGAGCAUCAAGCCAGCAAAAUCAUCAAACACAUUAGAAGAGCGAAAAGCCUCCACAUCAUGUGUCACAUUCCAGUCUUCUGCUGGAUUGCAUCCACUGUGCUUCAGGAGAUUCUGACACAAGAUCACAGUGCUGAAAUCCCUCAAACGCUGACUGAAAUGUAUAUCCACUUCCUGCUGAUUCAGAUCAAUACGAAGAAUCAGAAGUAUGAUCCAGAGAGAGAUCCGAAGAAACUGCUGCACUUCAACAGAAAAGUGAUUGUGAAACUGGCUGAACUGGCUUUCAAACAGCUGAUGAACGGCAAUGUGCUGUUCUACGAAGAUGAUCUGAGAGACUGUGGGAUAGACAUCACUGACGCCUCGGUGUAUUCUGGUAUCUGCACUGAGAUCUUCAAGGAGGAGUUUGUCAUUCAUCAGAGGAAAAUCUACUGCUUCAUACAUCUCAGCUUUCAGGAGUUUAUGGCUGCUUUCUACGUGUUUUUCUGCCAUUUGAUGAACAGCAACACUGAAACACUGCGGUUGAUCCUGGAGCGGAAAUAUGACAAGUAUAAAUGCCACUUUGGGGAAAACAAUCUAUACCAGCUAUUAGAAUCAGCAGUAGAUAAAGCUCUUGAGAGUAAAACUGGUCAUCUAGAUCUUUUCCUGCGAUUUCUGCUGGGCAUCUCAAUGGAGUCCAAUCAGAGACUCUUACAGGAUGUACUGACACACACAAACAACAGCUCAGAGACCAUCAGAGAAAUCACACAGUACAUUAAAGAUCAAAUCAAGACUAGAGAUGUGUUUUUUCAUUCCCAUUUAUCAGAUGAAAGAUCCAUCAGUCUGUUUCUGUGUCUGUUUGAAGUGAAUGAUCAGACUCUGUACAGGGAGAUAGAAGCGUUUGUGAGAUCAGACAAACACUCACAGGCUCGACUCUCUGCUGUUCACUGUUCAGCAAUAGCCUACAUGCUUCAGAUGUCAGAGGAGGUGUUGAAUGAGUUUGAUCUGAAGAAAUACAACACAACACAGGAGGGUAGAAGAAGACUCAUACCAGCUGUCAACAACUGCACAAGAGCUCUUCUACAGAACUGUGAUCUGACUGCUGUGUGUUGUGAAAGCUUGUCUUCAUGUCUGCAAUCCUCAAACUCUCUGAGAGAACUGGACCUAAGUAACAAUGACCUGCAGGAUUCAGGAGUGAAGCUGAUCUCUCAUGCUCUCAAGAGACAAAACUGUGAACUACACACACUGAGAUUGUCCAGCUGUUAUCUGACUGCUGAGUGUUGUGAAAGUUUGUCUUCAUAUCUACGUUCUUCAAACUCUCUGAGAGAGCUGGACCUGUAUAACAAUGAUUUGAAGGAUUCAGGAGUGAAGCUGAUCUCUGAUGCUCUCAAGAGUCACAACUGUCAACUACACACUCUGAGAGUUUCCAUGUGUAAUCUGACUGCAGAGUGUUGUAAAGGUUUGUCUUCAUGUCUCCAAUCUUUGAGCUCUCUGAGGGAGCUGGACCUAAGUAACAACGAUUUGAGGGAUUCAGGGGUAAAGCUGAUCUCUGAUGCUCUCAAGAGUCACAACUGUGAACUACACACACUGAGGUUAUCAGGUUGUAUGGUGACAGAUGAAGGAUGUUGUUAUUUGGCUUCAGCUUUGAGUUCAAACCCGUCACACCUGAAAGAGCUCGACCUGAGCUACAAUCACCCAGAACACACAGCACUUCAGCUGCUCUCUGAUAGACUCAAUGAUCCAAACUACACAAUCAACAAACUCAAUGUUGAUCAAGGAGGAGAGGUCAGAAUUACAGCAGGACCACGCAAGUAUGCCUGUGAUCUCACACUGGAUAUAAACACAGCACAUAGUCUCCUCAUACUCUCUGAAGAGAGCAGAAAGAUCACACGAGUGAAGGAGCGUCAGUGGUAUCCUGUUCAUCAAGACAGAUUUGAUCAUCUUCAGGUUUUGUGUAGAGAGAGUCUGACUGGACGCUGUUACUGGGAGGCUGAAUGGAGUGGAUCAGGUGCUGAUAUAUCAGUGUCAUAUAAAAGCAUCACUAGGGAAGGAAUGAGUUUUGACAGCUUGUUUGGAUCCAAUGUAAAAUCAUGGAGUCUCUACUGCUCUAAUAACACAACCACUGCAUGGCACAAUAAUAAUGAUACACUCAUAUCUGCCACGUCACCUCCCUCUAAUAGAGUCGGAGUGUAUAUGGACUGGUCAGCUGGCACUCUGUCUUUCUACAGCGUCUCUGACACACACACACAAUUACACACAUUCAUCACAACAUUCACUGAACCUGUCUAUGCUGGAUUUAGAGUUCAUUUAAACUCUUCAGUGUCUCUGCACUGAAAAGGGGAAUUCUGCUACACUGUAAAAACAUUCCCUGUUAAAUUACAGUAAACAACUGGCAGCUAUAUUUGCCAACACAUAGCUGUAAUUUUACAGCAUACCUACUGUAAUCUGCAACAACAGUUUAUUACUAUAAAAGACAUUAUAAUUUGCACAAUAUAAUACUGUUAUUUUAGUGUUCCUGCUGUGAUUUCCAUUAAUUGUUUAGAGGUGGGACCAAGUCAUUGUUUUCAAGUCCCAAGUCAAGAGAGGCGAGUCCAAGUCAGGUUGCAAGUCCUGAAUGUUAAUGGAACUGAAUCAAUAUCACUUUUGCGCCCACAAAAAUCACCAUUAUUGUGAUCAGUGUUUGCUUUAGUUGGGCUCCUGAUCCUCGGCUUUAGUAAAGUUACUUAUUCAGUGGUGUAAUAGUGUUUCAGCAAGUAAAACCUCACUCUCUCCGACCUCUAGAGGCGCUCUAGGCACAGACGCCAGAGGCUGCGGUGUUUAGUCUGAGCGCCCGUCUCCCAGGACGGACCGACGUAGGUUCGAAGCCCGCUCGGAGCGUGGCGUGUAGGACCAAUUGCAUAUAGUUGUACUUUCCAUAGUCUCAUAUGUUGUAGUUAAGUUCUGGUCGUUUUAAGUAGAUUUCUUGAUAGAAGUUGAAAGUUCAGUAUAGUUGAACAAUGAGAGUGCAGAGACUUGACGGUACAGCAAAGAUUUUCGUUUGCUUUGGAGGUAUUCCUUUCCUCCUGAUGAAAAAGUUGAUGUAAAAUGUGCUUGAUCAUUCCUUUUGCUUUUUGUCAUCAUGAAGAUGCACACACACAUCAAUAGAUCAUUUUACUGUGGGUGCAGAGUUAAAAAAAAGCUCAUUUGGCCAUCCAGAGACAGGUACAGAUUGAGAAGCUUAAUGAUGCACAGUCCAGUGCUGACACCUAGUGGACAGAACAAAUUCUCCAGAAAGAUUUCGUGAGUUUGGGGUCAGUUCCUCUUUUUUUUAUCCAAAUGUUUAAAUAAUAGUAAACAUUUCACAACUAUGGAAUAAAACUAAUGGAUCUAUGAGAAUUAUGUGAAUUUAACAUUGAUGUGUUAUUAACAUUGAUAUUAUUAUGUUAUCUUCAGUGCGUCACUCUUCGUCUAUAAAUUGAGAUGAUUUUUAAACAAUAUUUAGGAAGUUAUUCUGGACUCAUAUUGGCAGAUUUUUCUUCACAGCUUUGUCCAAGUCAUCCAUAUAUUUUGUAUGAUCCAUGUUUAUUUUAGUUUUGUAAUUUGUUAGCACAAAUAUUCUUCACUUUAGUUUCAAAGAUUCAGAUAUAAGCUUUCAGAUCAUACUGUUUUUUAAGAUCUUGAAAAUGUUUUGAAUAGUAGUCUAGGACACAUUGUACAUAAAUAAAGGACUAGAUUCAUGUGUUUAAUUAGUUUCUUACUUUAGGAUGGUAAGAAGGCCUUAAAUUGGACAGUGUUUUUGUUUUACUUCAGUUGCUGUAUCCAGCUUUAUUGCCUUGCUUCAGUAGCUUUGUUUAAUUACUUAGGAAAAAUAGGCCUUUAAAUGCGACAUAUGCUUUCAUAGGUGAGAUCAUUCUUGCCAAAAACACAAACAAUUAAAUAGUGCUGUACAGAACAGUACAGUCAUGCCAUCUCUGGAAUGGGCAAAUGCCUACCGUCCAUCCAACUGUCAAAUUGAUGAUGAAAUGUCUGUUUAAGAUCUGUUAAUGAACUGUCUAAUAACUGUUCACUUGACUGUAAACUGAUUAUGAAAUUAUAUGUAUUGACACAGUGUACUUACUGUCUAUGUGCAGCGUCCUUGAGCCUGGAAAGGCGCUAUAUAAAUGAAACAUAUUAUUAUUACUAUUAUUAUA